AUUUUUUAGAUAAAUAUUAUGGUUAGGUAUUUAUUAAUCGUGUUAAUUAAAUUUUUAUCUUAAAUUUAAAUAAUAGCUGACUAAUUUAUAGGUUAGGAAUAUUUGGAUUUCCGAUUUUGAGGUUGGCUAAAGUGAUCGUUGGUCAUGUUGAAAAUUUUGACGUUCUUUUCUUUAGUCUACAAAAACAUAUGCAUGCUGAUAUAAAAAUAGUGUCUCUGGGGUAAAUAUUUGAAAAAUUCCUAAUUUUACAAUAAAUUAGUUUAGUGCUGGCAUGGCUAUUUAUUCAGAAAGUGACAGUUUUUAAACAUCCUGAAGGAAUCCUUGACUAUCCUAGGUUGAAAAGCUACUAAAAAUAUGAGUGAAAAUACUGUUAAUAGUGCCCGCAGACCAAAUUUUUCUAAUAUUCCUCAAAAUGGGAUCAACAGAAACAUUAAUUUAAUAAACAUUAAGCCCACUGCAAAGAAGCUGGUAAUUAAAAACCUAAAGAGUGAGCCAAAACUUCCGGAUGAUUAUCGUGAACAAACAUGGGAAAAACUGAAAAGCGCUGUGCUUGCUAUUCAGCAAUCCAAGCCAAAUCAGUAUUCUUUGGAGGAAUUAUAUCAAGCUGUAGAAAAUAUGUGCAAUCAUAAAAUGGCCCCAACCCUUUACACUCGAUUAUACAAUUUAACAGAAAACCAUGUAUCCCAUAACAUUGAACAAUUUUUAGCGGAAUCCAUGGACCGUUUUCUCUUUCUCAAGAAGAUGAAUGAUACUUGGUUGGCACAUUGUAAUCAAAUGAUAAUGAUUAGAAGCAUAUUUCUAUACCUAGAUAGAACGUAUGUCCUCCAAAAUCCCAAUAUUUCCUCCAUUUGGGAUAUGGGUUUAGAGUUAUUUAGUAAAUACAUUAUCUUGAACACUUUAGUUCAAACUAGAGUAGUAGAAGGUCUGUUAAUGCUGAUAGAAAAAGAGAGACAAGGUGAUAAAGUAGAUAGAACUUUACUAAAAUCUCUUCUAAGAAUGCUUACUGAUCUACAAAUUUAUGAUAAGGCGUUUGAGCAAAAGUUUUUACAGUCCACAGAGCGUCUGUAUGCAUCAGAGGGACAAAGACUUAUGCAAGAAUUAGAAGUUCCUGAUUAUUUAGCUCAUGUAGAUAAGAGAAUUCAAGAAGAAAAUGAAAGAGUUAUUCACUACUUAGAUUCUGGCACCAAGUAUCAAUUAAUACAUACAGUGGAAAAGCAGUUACUUAGUGAACAUGUCUCAAAUGUACUUCAAAAGGGUCUGGAUCAACUUUUAAACGAGAAUAGAAUUUCAGAUUUGACUCUCCUCUACCAAUUAUUGAGUAGAGUCAAGAAUGGCCUGGCAGAACUUUGUACUUCAUUCAAUGCUUACAUAAAGAAACGAGGAAAGACUAUUGUCAUUGAUCCUGAAAAGGAUAAAACUAUGGUUCAAGAACUGUUAGAUUUUAAGGAUUGUAUGGAUAAUAUAGUAGGUACAUGCUUUAAUAGAAAUGACAAGUUUGGCAAUUCUCUUAAGGAGGCCUUUGAACAUUUUAUCAAUCAGAGAACCAAUAAACCUGCUGAACUUAUUGCAAAAUUUGUGGACUCGAAGCUACGUGCUGGCAACAAAGAAGCCACUGAAGAAGAGUUAGAAAGACUUUUAGAUAAAAUAAUGGUGCUUUUCCGGUUUAUUCAUGGUAAAGAUGUGUUUGAAGCUUUCUACAAGAAAGAUCUUGCUAAAAGAUUGCUAGUGGGCAAGUCAGCUAGUGUUGAUGCAGAGAAAAGCAUGUUAAGUAAGUUAAAGCAGGAAUGUGGAGGAGGAUUUACAUCAAAGUUAGAAGGAAUGUUCAAAGACAUGGAACUUAGUAAAGAUAUUAAUGUGGCCUUUAAACAACAUUUGAAUGUGAAUACUCGUAACUUAGCUCAGAUAGAUAUGACUGUGAAUAUACUUACAAUGGGUUAUUGGCCUACUUAUCAAGCUUCUGAAGUAACACUUCCUGAUCAGAUGGUUAGAUUCCAAGAUAUAUUCAAAGAUUUCUACUUAAGUAAACACAGUGGUAGGAAACUUCAGUGGCAACCUACUUUAGGACACUGUGUCUUAAGAGCUACAUUUAAAACUGGACCGAAGGAGCUUGUAGUUUCUUUAUUUCAAACUUUGGUCAUAUUAAUGUUCAAUAAGUAUGAUGAAGUCAGUUUUGAGUACAUAAAGGCAGCUUCAAAUAUUGAAGAUGGUGAGUUAAGAAGAACUUUACAGUCCUUGGCCUGUGGGAAAGCUAGAGUUUUGAAUAAAAUUCCCAAAGGAAGGGACAUUGACGACUGCGAUAAGUUUAGAUUUAAUAAUGAAUUUACCAAUAAAUUGUUCAGAAUUAAAAUUAACCAAAUACAAAUGAAGGAAACUACUGAGGAACAAAAAGCAACAGAAGAAAGAGUUUUCCAGGAUAGGCAGUAUCAAAUUGAUGCUGCAAUUGUGCGUAUCAUGAAAAUGAGGAAAACACUUAGUCAUAACCUGCUUAUUAGUGAACUUUAUUUGCAGCUUAAAUUUCCUGUCAAGCCUGCAGAUUUGAAAAAACGUAUUGAGUCCCUUAUUGAUAGAGACUACAUGGAAAGAGACAAAGACAACCCCAACCAAUACAACUACGUCGCUUAAGAUGCUGCUAUUGUUCUUGUUCUACAACUAGAUUGUCUUAAAAACACUUUCUGAAGGAAAAUUUCUAGUCCAGUGAAAAAUUCUGGCCUUGCUCUACAUUGUAAAUAAAAUUACUAAGUUUAAUUUAUUUGCAAAAAAUGGUUUUGUACUAGAUGUUCUAGGUGAUUAUUUUGACUUUGAAUUGAAAGUACAAAAAGUUUUGUCAGUCAUAAAGGUUGUACAAUGAAACAAGUGGUUUUGUUAAUGAGGAGUUAUUAUAAAAGGAG